UGUGCCUGGCUCAACUGGAAGAUCAUCAAACAAGUUAAAUUUAGGAAGAGCCUCAGUUUAACCACAGCCAAUAAUUCACAUUCUCUGUGCUGCGAUGUUAUGCACAAUGAGACUUAGUGCAUUUUGGCAGCUGACUAUGUGCCAAAUGUUCUCCCAAAUGCUUUCUUUCAAAAUGACCUGAAUUCCAAAAAAAGAAUUCAAGUAACUGUACGGUUGGGCUGAUUAGCUGCGUCGAUGUUCCACAGAGCCUUCCUUAAUACGUUCAUUGAAUUACUUUUUAUCGCUUAUUCAUCGUCAGCCUGUAAACAGGAUGGCCCAGUCUUGGUAAUGGCACCUUCAUGGUGUUACAGAAAGACAAAAAGUUUCUCCUUCCAAACAAACAGUAAGAAAAGCUCUUCAGUGCUGACAAACAUUUUGAUUACUGAAAGAACCCCUUUAUAAUCGAGGCACAAGUGGAUUUAGGAGGAGCUGUCUGUGCUUGAUGGAAGUUUGAUUAAUAUUUAUAAGGCAACUCUUGCAGCUCAAAUGUUAGUUUGAAAUUUCUCAAGAUUUUGCCCUCCAACGGCCAGAUUGCGGCAGUUUUACAUAAGAAUCGCUGCCAGUUCUCCCGCUGUCACUAACAUGCGGGAUUACGAUGAAAUCACCGCUUUUCUCGGAGAAUGGGGACCCUUCCAGAAAAUUAUCUUCUUCCUCUUGAGCCUCAGCAUCUUUCCCAAUGGUUUCUGCGGAAUGUCUAUAGUUUUUGUCGGGGGUAUUCCUGAACAUCGCUGCUUCGUUCCCGGGAAUCUCAACCUCAGUGAAGCGUGGAUGAACCGGACUAUCCCUCUGGAACAAGCCAAGGGGAAACUCCAGUACAGCAAAUGUAGACGGUACCGGUUGGAUGUGAUCAGGAAUCUUUCGGAGAUAUUUCCUGACCCAGAUUCCGUCAAUAUUUCUGAGGUGGAACAGGAGCCCUGUUUGGAUGGAUGGGUGUACAGUAAGGAUCAGUACAUGUCCACCAUCGUCAGCGAGUGGGAUUUAGUGUGUGAUGAUGACUGGAAAGGACCAUUUGUUAUGUCUGUAUUUUUCAUGGGCGUGCUGGUUGGGUCUUUGUGUUGCGGACAGUUAUCAGACAGGUUUGGAAGAAAGAUAGUUCUGUUUGGAACUAUGGCUACACAGAUUGGAUUUAGCAUAGUUCAACUGCUCUCUCCAAACUGGGAAAUAUUUUGCCUGCUGAAUUUCUUUGUGGGCUUUGGACAGAUUUCGAACUAUGUGACUGCAUUUGUUCUUGGAUCAGAAUUUCUGAGGAAAAAAGUUCGGAUUAUAUUCGGUACUGUAGGAAUUUGCAUUUUUUUUGCGAUUGGCUACAUGGCCCUGCCUUUGAUUGCAUAUUUCGCACGAAGUUGGCGGAUAUUGCUUUUCAUCUUGUCUCUCAGUGGCCUGAUGUACAUUCCUAUGUGGUGGUUCAUUCCCGAAUCUCCACGCUGGCUGCUGACAAAGGGGAGGGUGCAAGAAGCUGAAGCAAUAUUACAGCAUGCUGCAAAGAAAAAUGGCGUCAAUCCACCAAUGACGCUCAUUAAUGAACUUAAGCUUGAAGUUAUGGAAAAUGAAAAAAAACAACAUUUUUCAGUGAUUGACAUGUUUAGAAACCGGAGCAUGCAAGCCAUUGGUGUCAUAAGCCUUCUAGUAUGGAUGAUUACUUCAGCUGGAUACUUUGGUCUGUCUUUGAACACACCCAAUCUCCAUGGUGAUGACUAUUUGAACUGUUUCUUCUCUGCAGUCAUCGAAGUUCCAGCCUAUAUAGCUGCCUGGCUUUUUCUCCAGAGGUUUUCCCGAAGAUUCAGCCUUUCGGGAUCGUUUUUCAUGGGUGGUGGUGUCCUUUUCUUCAUUCGCCUCAUACCUUCAAAUCUACCAACACUUUCCACAGCUCUGGUGAUGAUUGGUAAAUUUUGCACCACAACUGCCUUCUCCGUACUUUAUGUUUAUACUACUGAGCUGUAUCCAACCACUAUAAGAAACCUUAGUGUUGGAGUGUGCUCCAUGUUCUCCAGGCUGGGCUCCAUCAUCUCACCUUACAUUUUUUAUCUCGGCAUUCAUCAUGAGUUUCUGCCUUAUAUUCUGAUUGGGAGUUCGACAGUGCUUUCAGCAAUUUUGAUCUUGUUCCUGCCAGAAACACUCAAUGUUCCUCUCCCAGAAACCAUUAAUCAAAUGCAGAAAAUUAAGGGGGUCAGUUGUAUAAGUACACGGAACUUAAUUUCAUAAAAUGGGAGAACACAUUAUAAUCGUAAAUAAUAAGAAGGAGAUUAAGCCCAGCUUUGGGAACUGAUUGGCAGAAAUGGAGAAAUGGACAUUCAUUUACUGACAACUUGUGUUUGGACUUAUAUUAUCUUCCUGAAAUUAUUUUGAAAUAUGCUUAACAAUACUAUCAAAAUCAUCAAGGACUGACGCUAAGUACUUAGAUAAACAGCAUGCAGCACUAUUGUAUGUUUCUCAUUAUUAUUUGAACUGACAUUAUUAUUCAACCGACCUGUAAUGCAAAGCUUUGUGGCCCUGUUUGGUCCACAAGAGUAGUCAGCUUUGACACUUAGACUAAGACCAAUGAAGCACAUUAGCUGGCUGGUUUCCAACCCACAGCAAGGUAAUAGCUGCACUUUUAACAAGCAAACUUCAUUUACAUCCCUCCUCUGUGCUGUGGUGCAUCAAGGAGUGAUCUGGUGGUACUUUUGAGUUGAGAAACCCAUUUAUCUGUCCUUUCUGUCAGCAAGAUGCGAGAGUGAGGCCACAAUUACAGAGGGGUUCCUGGAAAAGCAGCUCAAAUUACUUUUGUGGAACCUACAAGACUGGACAAAAUCAUUGUCAAUGUCCCUCAUCAGCUCCCAUGUCCUCUGACACAUUCUUGGAUCAGUUUAAUUCAAAAAUAACAACCCUGGUCCAAGAACUACUGAUUCUGACGUGAAAAGAGUGUGUCACUGAGAACAAACAAGUGAGUAAGAUACCCAGUUCUAGGGUUCUUUAAAAGUAUCACCCACCUCUUCAUUGGCACCAAUAGUGCAGUAAGGCUAAAAACCUCAUUUGAGUUUAUCACUACCCUGUUAAUCCAGGUAAUAGAAAUGAAAAUGGGCCCCAAAUGGAUCAUAUCCACCCCCUCAAUUUAUCCCAUAGAAAGACUAAUUUUUCCAACGACCAUGAAACAGCAGCUGCACUUAAACAAUACUUUCCUUUCACAUGAAAGUGUGAACUUUUUUUCUAUUUUUACUCUGGUUUAUUCCUCCAAAUCCCACUACUGGGGACAAAGACCAUCAGGUUAAAAAAAUUAAGAAGUCAAAGAUGAGCAACAAUGAUCAAGACUGAAAUUGAGAAGGAUUGUUAUCCUUUAAAUAGUACAAUAUUGGGGAGUUGGAGUAUUUAAGGGAUAUAACUCUGCAUAGGGAAUAGAUAGGACGUAUAUUUGCUACUGUUUAUUUACGAUUUCAAAUACAUAGGUAUUCUAAUUGAUAUAUAAACAAUAGUGAAUAUUUGUGGAUAAUGAUAAUGUUGGUGAGAAUUUUGAUGAGAAGAACACAAUUUUAUCCAUUAUUUUGUGUGAGCAUUUUGAGAUUGCACAUAAAUACUAAUUCUAAUGUAACAGUUACAGUGCCUUUUUGAACUUAAGUUAUACUCAAAAGCAAGAUCUUAAAAUAUUUCUGCAGUCAAAGUUUGUGAAUUGUAAAUCAUUAAUGAAGUUCAUUUCAAUUAUACUACAAUGUUAUUUUCCUGAAAUUAUUUCUUGCUUGUUGAUCUCAGCAUUGCAUUUAUUUGGAAAUGUAACUAUUGAAUCUAAGAUUAUGGAUUGGAGAAUGUGAUUAAUAAUUGUGUACAAUGAAGUUAUAAUGAAGAUCUCAUUCACUUGUGCAAGCUCUACGUGAAGACAGAUUCUUCAUUCAUUGGCAAUUUCUACCAGUGAUGGCUUCCAAUUACAUUCCACUCACAGAAGCAGGACAAGGAGAUAAGUUGCAGGUCUACUUCAGACAGAAUGGGAAAUAAACAGAUUAACAGAAUUACAUCCACCCUCCAUUCUUAAGGUCAGAAGUGGGGAUAUUUGCUGAUGAUUGCACAAUAUACAGCACUAUUUGUGACUCCUCAUGUAGGUGUCCUUGGAAAGCAGUGUAUCCUCUUGCUCAAGUGUUGCUGUGAAACAUAAGAAUUUCUGGUCAGAAAAAAAUGUAAAGACCCACAUCUUUGAGAUUCUACUAAUUUUGGAGUUGCAUGUUCAAAGGGAAAGGAGCUGUUGAUGAUUCACAGGUAUGAAAGUCAAUUAACCUAUCACUGACCCAGACAAGACAUGACAAGGGAAAACUUUGAAAGGCUUCAGGAACAUGAGACCCACAGUCAAUUCUCCCAACCAUGCAUUUGCCACAGGUUGUGCCUCAAAUCGUGCCUUUUUACUGUAUCCUAAAUCAGCACUUCCGACAGAAAUCUGUUCAUUUGAAUUAAUCAAUAUUAGCUACUUCAACUGCCUCCAGGCUACAGAUUGGUCACUUGUUCACUGAAUUGUUGUUGAAGCAGUUUUAAAUGAUUACUGACCUAUACAUUGAUAAAGAUCAGUAUUUCCUUAUGCAAUGCUUUGUUAAUAAUUUACAGUAUUUGUAUACCAUUCAAAGCAUUUGAUA